UUCAUUGAAGAUGUAAUGAAAAGGUUUGAAAAUAUUUUGUUCUUCGAUUACACUCUAGUUUCAUGAAUACUCAGUCAGCAGUCAAAUUGAGAGACUCCACACCCCAUGCAUUUAUCCGAACUUAUAUGAGCUUUCAAGAAGAGGAUAGGUUGUUAAAAUUAAUUGAAGAAAGGGUAUGUGUAACUAUUUGUAAACUCUGCAGUCAAAAACAGGAAUUUUCGUUGAUUUUGUAUCUGCUGUCCUUUUGAUGGACUCAUUUUUUAAAAAAGGCCAAUGGAAUUGUGCAGUUGCGGUUGCUUGGGAACUAUGUCUUCAGGAGUAUUUUGCAUUAGAAGAUUUCAAGCCCCUCGUAUUUGCUGCAUCACUUUUGAGUUGUGUAAAGUCGAUAGAAAAUGAUUCUUAUGUUGGUGUCGAUACACCAGAAAAAGCAGUGGAUGACAAAGAGAUUGAAUACAAAUUUGUUCCAUAUAUCAGAAAUCCAAACUAUGACAACUUUUUUGAUAUUAAACGGCCUAGAUUAAAAACAGGCUAUACACUAUUGCAUUUAUCGCAUGCGUUAAACAAACGACGUCCUGUGCUUCAAGCAUCUCCAGCUUGGAAUAAUCUUUCUAAAUGCAUAGAUAGUUUAAAUCUUAUGACAAGAGUAUUUGGACUUGCUUUGUCAGAACAGUGUGAUCAUUUGUUAAGGGAAUUAAAAGAAAUUAAAAGUCCGUUAGUCGUUCAAUCUCUUGGGAUUGAUCCUGUCGUGGUUGAAAAGCUUAUCAAAAUAGUAGACACGUGUAAAACACGUCCUGAUGACUCAGCCUUAAAUCGUGGAGAACCAGAACUACCAACUAUAUCGAGUGUCAAAGCUGUACAGAAUGAAUUAAUGCGUAUUCAAGGUGAAUCAAGCACAUUAACUUCAUCAAACAUUUUCACUGUGAUUGAAGGUUUCGUCUACAACGGUGUCAUCAAUAAUCCAGACUGUAUGCAGAAAGAAAUUGAAGCCAUUCAAAAUCUAUACGCUAAAUUUAAUGAAGAACGUGAAAAAGAAUACGCUGAAAAGAUGAAAGCAGAAACUCGUCAGAAGAUUAUUAAAAGUGCUAAAGAAAAAUUAAGAGAAAUUUUAAACGAAGAGGAACGUGUAACUUACUUCCAAAAUAUUGUGAAAAUAAAUCGUGGUGCAUGGUUGGCGCCGCGUACCCGACGAGAAUCUCAAUGGUCAAGGUUAAAAGAAUGGAGAAAAGAAGUGUCAUCUAUUAAAGAAAAACAAGAAAAGGAAGAAUCUUCUACUUAG